AAUCUGUUAUCUGUCACAAGUUACAAACUAUUAUCUAUGCGUGUCACAAUUUGAUAACGAAUUAACUACACAAGAAGCGGCUUAUUCCCUUAUCAAAUUAAAGUAUAAUCGAUUGGAGUGACUGACCUAUCAAUGCGGCCAAGAAUUUCUAAUCGAAGUACGAACCCACCCUAAAUCGUUAAAUUUAUGGCAAGAAUAAACGCAGUGUGAUGUUCUAAUAAGCAUCGAUUUUUCCAUAAAACCCGCUAACUGAUUAUUCUCUAGUCACAUUAAAACUGACUAGGCAGAGGUUUGACACAGUGCCCCAUAGUAUAAAGUUCAAAUUAGGAGUACAUUUUGUUUAUAUUGUAAAAUAUUCAGUGAAUAAGUUAUUAUCUCAGCUGUCAAGAUAGAUCUUUGAGUGCAAAAAUUAUUCGUAAUUUCUUAAACAUCGUAAUUCGCAACGUAGAGCUAAUACGUGUCACCAUGGCAAGUGGAUCCUGGGAGGAAUUCUUUGCUGUACAUCUGCCUCCGACUGACUUUGAAGACAAUCGAUCACUCCUGAAGGAGUUUUGCAAGCGGCAUGACCAAUAUGGAAAUAAAAUUGUUCUUGUGACUUCCGGUGGCACAACAGUUCCACUAGAGCACAACACAGUUCGUUUCGUUGACAACUUCAGUGCGGGCACGCGCGGCUCGGCCUCGGCGGAAUACUUCCUGGAACACGGAUACGCAGUCAUUUUCAUGCACAGACAGAAGUCUCUAGAACCUUUCACAAGACACUUCAGUGGUCAAAAGCUAUUGGAUAUGCUGGAUUUACAGGAACGAGGACCAAACACUACCAUUACAGUGAAACCAGACAGCGUGUUCGCGCUGGCGCCCGUGCUGGCGCGGUACCAGGCGGCGCACGCGGCGGGCGCGCUGCUGCACGUGUCGUUCACCACGGUGUCGGAGUACUUCUGGCUGCUGCGCGCGGCGUGCGAGUGCCUGGCGCACACGGGCGCGCGCGCGCUGCUGUACCUCGCCGCCGCCGUGUCCGACUUCUACGUGCCCAAGGACAGAGUCCCAACACACAAGAUGCAAUCAGCGAGCGGACCGCCUGUUAUUCAACUGAAUUUGGUGCCGAAAAUGUUAGCCCCGCUCGUGAACCUCUGGGUCCCCGAAGCUUAUGUAGUUUCUUUCAAAUUAGAAACCGAUGAAAAUCUUCUUAUAACCAAAGCUAGAGCUGCAUUAGAAAAAUAUAAACAUAAGAUGGUGGUUGCGAAUCUAUUACAAACACGUCACCAGAGGGUCAUACUAGUCUCUCCGGACGCGAACCAAGAAAUCGUCCUCACCAGAGAAGAAGUACACGCAGGCGUCGACAUCGAGGCCACGAUCGUGGCGGAGAUCGUGCGCCUGCACGCCGACCACAUAGCGGGCGUGGCUCCCCGCUGAGGCUCGCGAGCCCGUCUGGCGAGGCUCUACCUCACCGACUAGGCGGAGCGGACUGUACUUUGUGUCUCCAUGUCGACCGAGUGUGCUUGCUUUUAGUUACGGUUGUAUGUACGGUGUCGGUGUCGGUGUCGGUGUCGGUGUCAAACCUUAGUUGUGUUUUGUCGUGGGGUUGGACGAAUGGUUUGGAGUAGUUUAGAGGUUCGUGUGCAAUAUGAUCGCAUCGUUACUGUAUGAAAUAUAAAGUGGGGGUUUUGUCAUUUGAUAAAAAACAAACGGCAA